GAUGUUAAUUCCAAAGAUGUUGUAGACACAGUGUUCUACACUGUGAUAACCAAAAUGGUUGGAAUGGGAGCGCUUUCUCACAAGCAAACAGGGGAGAUUGUCAGAUAUUACCAUGCAAUGUUCAUGAGAACACUAAAGAAGAAGCUGAUGAAAAUCGAGGGAGACCACGUUAUUGGAGACUACUCUAAAGGGGCCAGCCUCUUGGGAUUGACUGACAAGCAGCUGCUUAAAUACCUAAAGCCGCUGUGUAGUAGUAAAUCACGCAGCCCGUACUCAGUGUUGCCGUGUCUGACAGCAGAGGCACGGCCCAAGAGGCUGCUGAGGAAACCUGGGUCCAGGCACCCCGCCUUGGAUCCAGAGGGUGAGCCUGGGGGCCAUAUCUCACUCCACAGGAAAAACACGGUUAUUGCGAUGAGACCAGGACCCAAAACGAAAAACAUGAUUAGCCCAGUGCAGGUCAAAUUAAGAAUAUCUAAGAAAACUAGAAAUACAAUGAGGUACGACAGCAUGGCUCUAAUAAGGAAAAGGGUCAAGGAGGGCAGUAACCAAUACCUGAAUGAGCUGUUUCAGAGCAAGCAGAGGGACACCUCGAAAUUGUGGGAUGAACUGGGAAAGUGGAACGCCCCUGAGGCACUGGAAAGCUUUCAACAGAACUUCUCCACCUACAGCUGGAGUUGGACUGGCUGCCGUAACCUUCUGGAGAUUGAAGACCUUAGUCAAAAGCUCUUCCUCCCAUUCCACACCCAAAUGAGCAGCCCUUCACCUAGCACUGCCUCACACAGCCGCCCUCUGAACCCUGCGCGCUCCACGGACCAGGUGGAGGAGAUCAGACAAGUGGACUGA